AUGCAGCCCGACGCCCUUGCCGACACAACCCGGCAGUGUCCAGCCAACGGCCAGCACACUGCCAGCACCAAUCAACUAUGGACUCACCAAGGGCCCCCCGAAGGGCGACACACCGUGCACCCGACCCACAGUUGGUUCUACGUCCUCCUGCUCCUGGCCGGCACCAACCGCUUGCAGCCCGAGGCAACCGCUGCAUGGCAACAAACCACCAACACAGGGCAGGCAUGGCAUCGCCUGGUGAUGCAGCUACAAACAGCAGCGCCUAUCCCAUGGCAAUUGCUGCAGCACAUACUCGCCACACUGCAAGACAUCGCCACAGCCUCGGGCCAACGCCUUGCGGCCGCGGAAAACAAUCUCCCAGCCGCCCUACGAGCCGCCGGCUCCACCCAACCCAGUGGCACUCUCGUGCACCUACCAUGGGCAGUCGAGCUUUGCCAACAACCAGGUGGGUACAUCCCAGCAACCGCCCAAGAAGCACUCCUGCAAGCGUUCUUGGGCGAACAACAGGCUUCCGCCGCGGCAACUUUGGCACAGCAAUGGCACUCUCUCGCACGGAAUCCAGGCCCUGCGGAACCUACCCCCCAUCCAGCCAACGGAGUCGCCGCCGAGGGGCCGCCGGCAUCACCCCCGCCAACGCCCCGCAGCAACGCAAGUGAAAGUGACUCGUCAAGCACCACCACGUCCGCCACAGCCAGCUCCAGCUCCAUCCCUACCGCCGACCGUCCAGCAGAGGAUGCACCCCAGCCCGGCAUGCAAGCAAACCCAAGCACAAUCGAACGGCGGCAUCGUCAAGCACUCGCCUCCUUGGAUUCCAUUGAUGCCCACGCCGUGCUCCAGCAAAAGUGCUUCAAAUACAAACAGCCACCUUCUUUCCUACGAGGUCUCUUCAGAACAGCUUUGUCCACGGCUCUAGGAACCAUCCUAGCGGCCAACACCGAGGAAGACAACCUUCGAGCUUGGAAACUCUGGUGCCUCCUCCCUCGCAUGCUCCUACACUGGCAGUGUGGCGUCCGGACCCUCCCCAAACCGGUCUGGCGAGCGCGCUUCGCGCAGUUCGAAGCCGGACAGUGGACAGCACUUCUGCACCAGGCAGCCACCCAAGCCAGUUCCGCCCUGCUCUCAGGCCCCUUGGCACCCGGCACGGAGCACACCCUUGCUGAACUCCACAAUCCUGACCGCCGCCCACAACAACCAUACCACGAGCCAGACCCAGCCAUCACCAAUUUCGAACCGGAUGACCCACUUCACAUCCAGCGGCACCUUCUCAUUUCCCUCCUUCGUAGGACCCGCCGGGGGGCGGCCCCAGGCCCAUCCGGCUUAACAGAGGAAGCCUUGCGCUUCGUUCUCGAUGAUGAAGAAGCCACCACACGCUUUGUCCAAGUUGCCGAGGUGGAAUGGUCGGGACGCGAUGCUCCGAUUACGUCAGGUCUUGGUGCUCCAACCUUCAUGGCAUGCAAAAUACCUGUCCGAAAGACUUUGGCCGACGUUGUUGGGGUGGUGCCGCAGGACCGGCCCUGGGAAACGGCCAUGUCAUUAGGACCUGGUGAUGCCUGUUGGUCGUCAAAUCCUGGCGUGUGCCAUGUGCCACAGAAACGCAACAAUUUAAGUGCAAGGUCCGGUCGCAGUCCAUUUGCACAGGUAGCAGGAUCUCAGCUUGGAUCAGCAAGGGGCGAAAGGACUCCUGCAGAGGCACAAAGCAGACUGUGGUCGGGAGCGGCGCAGAUUACCGCUUGGGUCGAACGAGAAUUGCAAACUUUGGGUCAAGCUGGGCCUGUCCCUCAGCAGGACAGGGUGCGAAUAUUGACUGAAGCAUUUGGCAGGGCCAUAGAAUUGCUUCCGGAGUACCGUCCGUUGUUCUAUUCCUACCAGCGAGAGGUAGAUGAUUUCAUCGACAAAUUGCAGGAACAAGUCAGAGACCUGCUGAAUGCGGAAGGGCGGUUAAAAACUACAAAGAUGGAAACCAUUGCCUUCGUCGGGGAGUCAACGCUUCGUUUCCAAGAGGAGGUGCGCUGCCUCCGCAAAAGUCUUGAGGAGUGCGAGAAGAGCCGAGACCAAUUGGCUCAGGAGAAGGCCACCAUGCAGGGGAACUUCACUAACAUGAAGCACCGGUCUGACAGGGACAAAUGGCUCGCAGAGGAGUCGCACAAACAGAACUUAGACAUCCUCAGCAACCUGGAAAGAUCAGAGAAGCAGGUUGAGGCCUUGCGGAAACAGGAGAGGGAAAGCUACGGUGAAAUAGCAAAAUUGCAACAUCAAGUAAAGGAACAAGAUCAGCGCAACAAGAUGGUGGAGGCUCAGCUCAAUGCCGAACGGUUGAAGCACACCAGCUUGGUGCCGCGUGAAGAGCACGAGGCUCUGAAGGAGCAAUUGCAGGCGGCACGUCACCGGUGUCUGGAGCUGGAAGAGAUGCACGCCGCAAAAGAGAAGGAUUACCAAAACAUCGUUGAAGCCUACAAGAGUGUCAGCGGUCAUGGCCAUGACACCAGCGGUAUGGAGGCGAGGCCCUUGACGCCAAGACCCAUUUGGACGGCUUGCAGAGGGCUACUGGACCCAGAAAGCCUCCGAUCCAUGCAGCAGGGCGAACUGCUGCAGGACCUGGUGGUGCGGAUAAUGUACUCUUCGAGGACCUUGCUGGCUGCCUAUGGUUUGCAGUCUGCCUCGCAAAAGUCAAGUGUGCUGGGGAAGUUUGCAAGGCAUACACUCACCAUUCCGCUUGUGGUGGAAACAUCUGGCAGCGCUGCUGACAGGCUGAAGACCCCACAGGAAGCGAGCACAGCAACUGAUGCAUGGAACGAGCAGGCCAUUGGGUCUGCAGGAGUGGACAAGAACGAUAGCUUCAAGGAGGACGAGAAAUGGCUUCCGCCUGAUAUGGAAGCCACAACUCCAAUGCUAUUGAGGCACCAAGAGAAAGUACGGCACCAACGCUUCAGUCGGAAAAAGACCUUGGACUUCCUGGAGAGAGUGCUACAAAUGCGGAUGCGAGAGGGAGACAAUGUGCUGAGCAGACCGUAUUUGGAGACCAUGAUGGAGGUUCUCAAUCAGGAGCUUGGAGAAGAAGCAUCAUGCUUUGGGAUCAAUAUUCUGGCCAGUGUGCGACGGUACGCAGCAGAGCCGGACUUCUUGAGCUUCCUGCUCCUUCUCCGUGGCCACGUGUCUGACCUCGUCGUUCGAGACAACCGGACUUUGUGCCCAGAGAUUCUCAGGAUUUUCCGCACAUAUUUUGAAAGCGAUGGGUCAACUCGAGUCAGCAAGGAGAAGUUCUUUAAAGCUUUGCGAGAGGUCUUGCCUCACAAGGAGAAGGAACAUUGCCAGGAGUUGGUGACCUACUUCCCUCCAGGAGGCCCCACAACGCUUGUGAACUACGAAUGGCUGUUGUUGGAUGACCAGUACGUUCUGUCUCCGAUUGUUUACGCACUUCGUUUGCAACACUUGGAGGAAUCCCUUAGCUUGAGUGAGCGCAUGGAGAAAGUGGUCAGGAGCUGUGUGAAGGAAGGAGGUUUGGUGAAGCUUGAGAAUAUGGAGGCUGCCUGCAAAGAUGACUCAGUCCUCGCAUUCCUUCAGCCCGAGGAUUUCGCACGCGCCUUUCAAACGCAGCUUGAAGACCUUGCCCCAGGCGUUGAGCAAAAGAGCUCCGAGCUCGCCGACCUACUGAAGAAUUGUGGUAUUUUCCACGAGCUCUACUUUCCGGCCUUGCCGGAGGAUGAUGGAGCACUUGGAGAGUCGAUGGAGGAUACCACAGGUGAGAUUCAGGAUGUGGCAAUGUGA